ACAGGGCUGUCUACAGAAAGAAGAUCUUCACAGGGUUCCAUGUUGGUGGUGCCUCUCACUCUGCCCUUAGAGAGGUGAGCGGGCUCCUCCAAGCCACCAGCUCCGGUUGGGAUGCUCUGACUUACGACACACCCGAACACAUGCCGUCCAGGGACCUGCUCUGACUCGGAGAGCCUGCUUAUGGGGGAAGGUGACACUGUCUGGGCCCCAUCUGUCCUUCCUCACGGCACCCUCGGCACCUUGAGCCGCCACCCCCAGCUGCAUUUUGGAAGAAAGAUGGAGUCCAAGGUCUCAGAAGGUGGCCUGAACGUGACGCUGACCAUCCGCCUGCUGAUGCACGGAAAGGAAGUUGGAAGCAUCAUUGGGAAGAAAGGUGAGACCGUGAAGAAGAUGCGUGAAGAGAGUGGGGCGAGGAUCAACAUCUCGGAGGGAAACUGCCCAGAGAGGAUCGUGACCAUCACGGGCCCCACGGACGCCAUCUUCAAGGCUUUUGCCAUGAUUGCCUACAAGUUUGAGGAGGACAUCAUUAACUCCAUGAGCAAUAGCCCAGCCACUAGCAAGCCCCCAGUGACCCUGAGGUUGGUGGUCCCUGCCAGCCAGUGCGGGUCCCUGAUUGGCAAAGGCGGCUCCAAGAUCAAGGAGAUCAGGGAGUCCACAGGUGCCCAGGUCCAGGUGGCCGGGGACAUGCUGCCCAACUCCACGGAGCGGGCAGUGACCAUCUCGGGGACCCCUGACGCUAUCAUCCAGUGUGUCAAGCAGAUCUGUGUGGUCAUGCUGGAGUCCCCACCGAAAGGUGCCACCAUUCCCUACCGCCCAAAGCCCGCCUCCACCCCUGUCAUUUUUGCAGGUGGUCAGGUAAGAGCCGACCCGCUCGCGGCCUCCACUGCCAACCUCAGCCUUUUACUGCAGCCCCCGCCGCUGCCCGCCUACACGAUCCAGGGACAGUACGCCAUUCCCCACCCAGAUCUGACCAAGCUCCACCAGCUGGCCAUGCAGCAACCCCCCUUUCCUCCCCUCGGACAGACCAACCCCGCUCUCCCCGGUCUGGAUGCCAGCGCCCCGGCCAGCACUCAUGAGCUCACCAUUCCCAAUGAUCUAAUAGGCUGCAUAAUUGGACGCCAAGGGACCAAAAUCAAUGAAAUUCGACAGAUGUCUGGAGCUCAGAUCAAAAUUGCCAAUGCCACGGAGGGGUCGUCAGAGCGCCAGAUCACCAUCACAGGGACCCCGGCCAACAUCAGCCUCGCCCAGUACCUCAUCAAUGCCAGGCUGACGUCCGAGGUCACUGGGAUGGGUGCACUGUAAUCCCGCCGGUCCUCCGCCCGCCCGCUCACGACUCUGUACAGACUGCCCCUCCUUGCAAAUAUAAAGAGGUUUCUUUACUAAGAAGUAUCUCUGCCCUGGAGCUCCACCGGCAGCGCAGGUCCGUCCGUCCGUCCGUCCGUCUGUGUGCGCUCCGGACCCUGACGCUGCCGCCCGGCUCACCCUCGCCGGCCCCUCGCGCAUCGGCAUGCAGUGUAGUGCUUCUCCGUGCUUCGGGGCACUCCCAGCUGUGACGUCUUAGAAACCUUGUUCCUUAGUGUCCGUGUAACUGUUUUAAAAGUAGGUUUGGCGCUUUGGCGGCCCUUCUGCCGCAUCCCCUCCUCGGCCACCUGGAGCCACAGCUGCUUUGGGUGGCCCUCUCCCUGCCUCCGCCUGUGCCGACCCGGCUCCCUCCCCUGUGGUCUGCGCUGGGCAGGUGUGCCCUGCCUUUGUUCAGAGGGAAGGAGGAGGGGGUGGGGUCCUGACCCGAGGUGCAGGGUGGAGUGGGGGUGCCGGCAGCCACUUCCCGGGGCGGAGCGCGGACCGGCCGGGGCGCCUCGGCGGGCGCUGCUCCGAGUUCAAUAAAUGUGGUUCGCUGCCCUCACC